CUUUUCGAUUUUAAUCUUUAUGUUUUAGCUGUUUACAUGCACUUCAACAGAAACCUGCACAACGAGGUCUUAACAGAUGGCAGUGCUGUUACCAUGACAACUGAAGAUGUGUCAAUUCCAAUAACUGCUCCUUUCAGUGAAGGAGUUACUUAUGAAUUAUGUGCUGGCAUCGUUGAUAAACACGCGAGCCUCACAAGCUUAAUAAAACAAGAAAUCCUAGAGGAAUGUGGUUAUGACGUCCCUGAGGAAAACCUUCAAGAGGUUGCAUCAUUCCAUUCCGUUGUGGGAUGUGUAGGCGCUUUGCAGACCUGUUUCUUUGUUGAAGUCACAGAUGAGAUGUGUGUGAGCAAGGAAGGAGGAAAUCUCCGAGAAGGCGGCAGAAUUGAGGUGUUCCAUCUACCCCUUGCAAAGAGUCGCGAGUUUUUAUUUGACACAACGAAGCAUAAACCAGCGGGUGUCAUGUUUGCUUUCAUGUGGUACUUCAACAAAUUUCAAGGUUGCCUGAAUUAAUAGAAUCGGGUCAUGGUCUGAG